AUGGUUACCGUCUUCACGAAAACACAAGACGUCUCAUGCAUAAAGAUCGAUGAUAAUAACUGUGAAGGCAGUGAAUGCAGGCUCAGUGUUGGUGUCCUGGCAGCCAUUAUCUGUGGAGCAGUUAUCAUUCCCCUAUCAUGUCUUGUUGCUGUGGCCGGCUGUGUAGUCAAACUUAGACUGCAAAAGUUAAAGAAAUCUGAAAAUAUUUUGUCCCAUACUUCAACUGAAGCAGGCACUCUACCUCUACGUUACACAACUAAUACUAGUGAGGAUGAUUGUUUCCAAACAAAGUUCUUAUUUGUAGCUACUUUUGAUCUUCGCCCAGACCCAUCUCCAGUUCAACAACUGCAGGAAGAGCUCAGAACAAAGAACAUGCUUAUCCCAAAGAGCCAGCUUCGGCUAGGCCGAGUAGUUGGUCAAGGAGAAUCAGGGAUAGUGUAUUGCGGAUACAUGAAAAGUAGUCAAGGGAAUGAGGUUGUUGCCGUAAAAACCGGCAAAGGUAUCUAAUAGUAUUAAGUAGCUAUGAGUCUGACCUUUACGAACUUCUUGUGUAUAUAGCUCUAUUGGCAGUGAAUGACAAGGAUCGGUUAUUGAAAGAGGUUUUGCUGAUGCUCAAUUUUAAUCACCCCAAUGUGAUGUCGCUCAUUGGGUUGUCAUUUGAAGGAGAGAUGCCCCUGCUCAUUAUGCCAUUCAUGUCGAAGGGAAACGUUCUGGGGUAUGUUAGAGAGCACAAGGAAACUCUCUUCCUUACAGACAUCGACCAUGAGAAGGUACAAGAAGCAACGAAGACAGGUCUGGGAAUGUGCUACCAGAUAUCCAAAGGGAUGGCUUACCUUGCAAAGUUCAAGUUUGUUCACCGUGACCUGGCCGCAAGGAACUGCAUGAUUGAUUGGAACGGUGUCAUUAAAGUCUCUGACUUUGGACUGACAGAGGACGUGUACAGCUAUAACUAUUUUCGCCCCAAGAGCACUAAGAGUGGGGAUGAGGAGAAACUCCCCAUCAAGUGGAUGCCACCAGAGAGCAUUGAAACAAAUGUUUUUGAUGAGACCACGGAUGUAUGGUCAUUUGGAGUGACAUGUUGGGAGGUGUUCACAUGUGGAGGAGUGCCGUAUGCUGGGGUCCCAGUCACCACUCUACUGAGUGAGCUCCGCUCUGGACACAGACUUGAUCGACCCAGCAACAUCUCCUGCUCUGAUGACAUAUGGUCAGUUGUAACCUCAUGCUGGUCAGCCAGUCCUCAGGAGAGACCAAAGUUUGCCACUCUGGUCAACACCCUCACUGACCUCCUGGACAGUGACUCCAACUACAUCAAGCUACUGGGAUAGACUUUAAUGUUUACUUUAUACAUGCGACUGUACUCUAAUAUACAUGUGACUGUUCCCAAUUUAAUUAUGAUAUAUAGAAGCUAAUUGUAAUAUUCAUACUUUUGAUUAUGUAA